CUAUAUAUUAUUACCGGAACACAGUUCAAAAUUUAGAAGAAAAUGGAGGAGAGAGAUCCAAAGUCCAUACGGACACAGUCGUUCCCAAUGUCCGGAGGUGAUGGUACUCAUAGUUAUGCUCGCAAUUCUUCCGUACAAAGAGGAGGAAUAUUCAAUACCAUGGAAAGAAUUAGAGAUGCCGUCGUCGCUACGCUCGAUACUCGGAAACAUUUUAAAAAAGUCGUAAGAAUCGCUGAUUUCGGUUGUUCCAUUGGACCUAACACUGAUUCUGUCAAGAACAUCUUGGAUGCCGUAAAGAUCAAGUAUCAGCAAGAAAACAAUAUGAACAACCCUGAAGAUCUCGAGUUUCAUGUUUUCUUCAACGAUCAACCGGACAACGAUUUCAACACCCUCUUCAAAACAUUACCCAAGAACGAAAAUUGUUUCGCGGCGGGAGUUCCCGGCUCGUUCUACGGCCGGGUAUUCCCUAGGAACAGCCUCCACAUCAGACACACCUCCUACACGCUCCACUGGCUGUCCCGAGUCCCCGGAGAAAACAUUGGAGAACCGAACUCUGAGGCUCACAAGGAACAGUUCAAGAAAGACAUGGAGAAUUUUCUUGAAGCAAGAUCCGAGGAGCUUGUCCCCGGAGGAUUGAUGAUCGUCUUGGGACUGUGUUUCUCCGACGGUGUCCCCUACGCUCAAACACUCAAGGGUUUUGUCAAGGAGAUCUUCCUCGGCUGCCUUAUCGACAUCGCCGAGUCGGGGGUAAUCAGCGAGGAAAAGGCUCGGUCUUUCGAGAUACCGAAAUACUUCCCAUAUUUCAGGGAAAUGAAGGAAGCGAUCGAACGAAACAGAAGCUUCAGCGUCGAGAUGAUCGAGGAAAUAGAGAAGCCGUUCGAGGAUGGGAGUAUAAGCCAUGACCUCAUUGUCUCGAUGUAUCGCGGACUUUACCAUGGAUUCAUGGCGGAACAUUUCGGACAAGGUUUGGUCGAUGAAUUGUUCGAUCGGUUCUCUAAGAAGCUCACCGAAUUCCCUCUCGAUGAUUUCGUUAAGACAACUAAUGACAGGGAAUGUGUUAUCGUACUUAAGAGGAAUGCGCUUUGAUGAAACCUGGCUGAAUGCCGACGUGGAUGAUGAUGUUAUUUUCAGACACCAAUUUACACUCCCAUUAUAACGAUACUAUGUUUCAUC